UGUCCUAUUUACCAAUACUAAUUAUUCACAUGAAUAUCCUAAUUUUAAAACGUUAAAAUGACGUCAUGAGCUGCUCAUCAAUGUGUAGUUUCGAAGUGAAAGUGUGCGCAAAAUGUGUCGGUGUGGCUGUGAUGAGGACGGGAUCCUCUGAUGAAAUGGUCAAUAGCGAGGGCGCACGGAUUCCUCGCCUCAGCUAUGAGUAGACGACCUCCUACCGACUUAUUUCACGUCACCCCGCCCGUCUGCCUCCCGUCUCCUCCCUAAAACCUUCGCUGCGACCAUCCCUUUGAGCGACUCUGGGCUGAGAAAAAGAGACGAAGAGAGGCGGAGGCAGAAAGUGAGAGAGAGAGAGCCAGAAGACACCCAUACACUCCAAACAUCACCUAGACUACCUGCUCCAGCACAACAAGGGGAGGAGGACGCACAAGUGCAGGCGCGUCCAUGCGUGCCAGCCGAACAAGACAAUAAGCGGGGAGAGGACCACAGAUCUGACAGUGGAGUAAGAGUUUAGCUUAGGAACUCUUUGGAAAAGGGCACAGCUUUGCUACAAGAACAAGACAGCCUAAAUGAGUACAUGCUAAGAAGAGUCAUGCAUCUCAACAGAGAAGAAGAUAACAGCAAAGGCUCAGUGUCUCUCAGUGUAUUCCUGGUGUCUGUUGCAUUCAUAGUAUGUGCCGUUUGGCUGGUAGCUCUAUGUGGCGUCUGCACCUGGUGUCAACGUAAACUGGGAAAGAGGAAUAAGCCUGGGGUGGAGGCUGCCAGCUCUCCAGAUUCUGUGCGAGGUCGAGGGGAAAAUAAAGCCAUCAAUGAUCUAGACAGAGACUUUUGGAAUAACAAUGACAGCAGCAAUGUGCAACAGAGGUGGAGCUCCUACCCACCCAAGGAGUUCCUCUUAAACAUGUCUCCUUAUGCUCCGUACGGAGACCCUCGCCUCACGCCCAAUUUCGGGGACACUUCCCUCUCAUCUGCCUCCACCCUGGAGCACAUCCCGUCCUCAGCCGUGGCACGCCCCCGGCCCCUGGUCCGCCAGCAGAGCCUCCAACAGCCCCUCACUCACCAGCCCCCUCCGGGUCCUAACGACCCCCCAGUUACCUCACAGAGCCUGGGCCAACUGCACACAGGUCCAGGCGGUGGGGGCCACCGUGGGGGCCCACGGGGGGUCCGGGGGAGUCCGGCU